AUGUCCGAAAAGGCCGAAGUCGAAGACAACAUCAUCGAGCCGUAUCCCUCGCGCGGCACACCAGACAACCCACUCCAUUUCCCAGCCAAGGACCACCUAGACACGUCGUCCAAGGCCGUCGACGAAGUCGUUCACAAUGCCCAAAGAGCAACCGAGAAGGAACACAAGAUGACCUUGUGGCAGGGUAUCAAAUUAUACCCAAAAGCCGUGGGGUGGAGUGUCUUGAUCUCAACCUGCAUCUGCAUGGAGGGGUAUGAUCUUUGUUUGUUGAGCAAUUUCUACGCAUUCCCCCAAUUCCGCCGGAAAUACGGCGAACAGCUUCCCGACGGCACGUACCAAAUCACCGCCCCCUGGCAAGCGGGACUCAGCAACGGCGCCAACGUAGGCGAGAUCAUCGGCCUCUUCAUCAACGGCUACAUAUCCGAACGCUUCGGCUACCGCUACACCGUCAUGACCUGCCUAACCCUCAUCAUCAUUUUGACCGCCGUCUUCUUCACCGCUCAAACAGUCGUCUCGUUGGAAAUCGCCGAAAUCCUCUGCGGAAUCCCCUGGGGCGUGUUCCAGACAUUAACAAUCACCUACGCCAGCGAAGUAUGCCCCGUCGCUCUCCGCGGGUAUCUAACCACAUACGUCAAUUUCUGUUGGGGCCUAGGCCAAGUCGUGGGCAUCGGCGUGAUCAAAUCCAUGCUCCACAGACAAGAUCAAUGGUCGUACCGCAUCCCAUACGCCCUGCAAUGGAUGUGGCCUGUCCCGCUACUCAUCGGCGUCCUACUCGCGCCCGAAUCACCAUGGUGGCUCGUCCGUAAGGGACGACUAGCUGAAGCGAAGAAAUCGUUGUUACGCUUGACUUCAUUGAACCGCGAAACCGAUUUCGACGCCGACGAAACCAUCGCCAUGAUGGUGCAUACGACUGCCCUCGAGGAAAAAAUCACAGCUGGUGCAUCCUACCUCGACUGUUUCAAGGGCACGGAUCUGAGGCGGACCGAAAUAGUAUGUAUGGUCUGGGCGAUUCAGAACUUGUCCGGAAACUCGUUCUCGGGGUAUUCGACAUAUUUCCUCGAACAAGCGGGCCUCGAGGAAAGCAAAGCAUACGACUUUGCCCUGGGUCAAUAUGGAAUCAAUAUGGCCGGUGUCUUUGGGGCGUGGUUCCUCAUGACUUGGGGCGUGGGACGCCGGUCGUUAUAUCUUUACGGUCUGUGUGGUCUGUGCACCAUGUUGUUCAUCAUGGGCUUUUUGGGCCUUGUGCCGGAAUCGCAUCGCAAAGAGGCCAGUCUCGCGACGGGAUCCAUGAUGUUGAUUUGGGCCCUGUUUUAUCAACUUACCGUCGGGACGGUGUGUUAUUCGCUUGUUGCGGAGUUGUCGACUCGUCGUUUGCAGAUCAAGACGGUCGUCCUGGGGAGGAACUUGUAUAAUGUCGUGGGCAUUAUUUGUUCGGUGCUGACCCCCUACAUGUUGAAUCCCGGAGAGUGGAAUUGGCGCAACUAUGCGGGUUUCUUCUGGGGUGCGAUUUGUUUCUGUUGUAUUAUUUAUACUUAUUUCCGCCUGCCGGAGCCGGCGGGCCGCAGUUUUGCAGAGUUGGAUUUGCUCUUUGAGAGGGGCGUGAGUGCACGCAAGUUUGCGACUACGUCCGUCGAUGUCUUUGAUGAGGUUACGGUCCAUGAAACUGUCGAGGGGACGGGGACGAUCAAGCAUUAUCAGGAGAAGAGGGGGAGUUUGUCGCAUGGUCAAGGGACUGGGUUGGCUUAG